AUUUUCAUUACUGAAAAUCAAGAGAAUAAUCUGCACUGAAGACAAAAAUGAACUGUCUUGUAAAAAACCUUUGCAGAAAACAUUUACUUUUGUUAACAAAAUGGUCAGAAGUAACUCAGGUUGCCACAUACAUGAAGCUGAAAAUGCCAGAAAAGGAGGAAGAUUUAGAACUACCUGUAAAUAAACUGAGGAGUAAGCUGUCACAGUUUGACAAAGUACCACAGAACCCCAUUCCUUCUGCUAAGCCUCCAACCAUGUCUAAAAUGUUGGACCAUAUGAGAGGUCCAGAGAUGGUCCAUAACAAACUUAUCUAUGGACAAUUUGGAAUACAGGCUUUGCAAGGAGGUCGUCUUAGAUUUGAACAUUAUAAUUUAAUUCGUUUUGCUAUAAAUAAGCAUAUACAGGAAGGUAAAACAUUUGGUGUAUGGAGAGUAUCUCAACCGUGGCAAGCUGUAUCUAAAAAAGGUGCAGGGAAACAGAUGGGCCAGGGCAAAUCUGACAUUGACCAUUAUGUUUAUCCACUUAAAGCAGGCCAUAUCAUAUUUGAAAUUGGAGGCAGAAUUGAAUUUCUUGAUCUGCAAAAAACAUUAAAAGUUGUGGAACAGAAAAUGCCUUUUAAGGCACGUAUAGUUACACCACAGAUACUUGAAGAUGAUGUCAAACAAGAAGCAAUCCUGAAGGAAAGGAACAUAAAUCCAUUCACUUAUGAACAUUGUUUGAAAAAUAAUUAUAAUGGAGUGAAAAUCUACCAUAGUCCUUAUGAUUUGUAUUAUCUAAAUAAAGAUAAAUAAAAUAGUAUUACUGGG